AUGCAUUUAUUAUUUCUCGUACUCUUGUACAUUUUUCCAUGCAUUAUAGCACAAAAUUCUACUGUAUUAUAUUCAAUAUAUCCAUGGUUACGAUUACCACCAACUCCACAACUGCCUACUCCUGUUACAGGUUCAUCAGUUCAGAUUAAUAAUGUAUCUAUAUGGUAUACGACAUAUGGACCAGUUGGUGCUCCUCCUCUUCUUUUUGUUCAUGGAGGUUUUGGACAGAGUGCUUAUUGGGGAUUACAAGUUGCACAAUUGAAAUCAUCUUAUCGAUGUAUACUUAUGGAUUCUCGAGGACAAGGUAGAAGUACAGUAACAUCAGCAGGUAUUACAUACGACUUGAUGGCAUCUGAUGUUAUCGGAUUACUAAAUUAUCUUGGCAUUCAACAAACACAUUUGGUUGGUUGGAGUGAUGGAGCGAUUAUUGGUCUCAAUGUCGCAAUCAAUUAUCCAAACAGAUUACUUUCAUUGUUUGCAUUUGCUGCAAAUUAUAUUCCUGCUGGAGUCAAAGAUAUUUCUAAUUCAAUUGUUUUCACGACUUUUCUCAAUCGAUCUCAGAUUGAAUAUCAAGCAAUAAAUCCAUCACCGAAUUAUACAAAUUUAUACAAUUAUUUAACAACAAUGUGGGCUACUCUUCCAAAUUGGACUCAACAAGAUUUUGCAAAAAUUAAUCCAAAUCUACCCGUUUGGAUUGUUGAUGCUGAUCAUGAAGAAGCCAUCUUUCGAGAGCAACCAGAUACAAUGAGUAGUUGGAUUCCUCAAUCAGGAGAACUAAUUUUGCCAAGAACAAGUCAUUUUGCAUUUCUCCAAGAUUCUGAUUGGUUUACUGCGUCUAUAGCUAGAUUUUUAGUAGAAGUAAAUUGUUCACAAUGUAAUUCCACACCAACGUCAUAUUCAUCAGCUACUACUAGUAGCUUUCAUUUUUCCUUGUAUGCAUGCAUGUAUAUAUCUUUCUUGCUUUUUUUUCGAUUGAUCUAA